GACGGCACGGCAGUGAUCGUGCCCGUCUCCCCCGCCUCCCCGCACACAGGUGUGCCAGUUCUGCCCCAGGAGAAGCUGGAGCCCCGGACCCCCCCAGCUGUGGACCUCAGCCUUUCCCCGCCCCCUGGGCCUGCCCCUUCUCCCCCCGAGCUUCCCAACGGGCACGGGACACCGCCGCUUUUCCCCGGGGACUGUCCGCAGAUCCGUUACCUGGACGGCGGAGCCUCUUCCCAGGCCUUCCAGUUCUUCCUGCCGAUCGGCUCGGGGGGCGGGCUCCACCUGCCAUCUUCCAUGUUCAUCGGCCCGCCGAAGGAAAAGCGCGUCUCCCCCGACCUCUCGGCGGACGAGCAGCUCGCCUGCCGCUGGGUCAAGUGCCAUCUGCUCUUUGACUCGCUGCAGGACCUGGUUGACCAUGUCAACGACUUCCACGUCAAGCCUGAAAAGGAUUCUGGGUACUGCUGCCACUGGGAGGGCUGUGCCCGGAGAGGGCGGGGCUUCAAUGCCAGGUACAAGAUGCUGAUCCACAUCCGCACCCACACGAAUGAGAAGCCACACCGCUGCCCCACCUGCAACAAGAGCUUCUCGCGGCUGGAGAACCUCAAGAUACACAACCGCUCGCACACGGGAGAAAAACCCUACAUCUGCCCCUAUGAAGGCUGCAACAAGCGCUACUCCAACUCCAGCGACCGCUUCAAGCACACGCGCACGCACUACGUGGACAAGCCCUACUACUGCAAGAUGGUGGGCUGCCUGAAGCGCUACACGGACCCCAGCUCGCUGCGCAAGCACAUCAAGGCGCACGGGCACUUUGUGGCUCACGAGCAGCAGGGGGCGCUGCUGAAGGGGGCGCGGGCGGUCCCGGGGGGCAAGGGGGCGGGGCUGCCCUACGUGAGCGGGGCGCACAUCAUCAUCCCCGGCCCGGCCACAGCGGCCGCCAUCCUGGGGAGCCACGCGCUUCAGGGACUCGGCGCCUCCCUGCCCCUGCCGCUCAGCCCCCGGCCCCUGGACCUCAGCACGCUGGGGUGCCCGGCUGUCGGCUCCUCUCCGCUGGGCGCCCCCGUCCUCUCCCUCAACGGUACGCCCCUGGGCCUGGCCAAGAGCCCGCUGGUCUCCCCCGGCUUCCCGGCGGCCGGCCUGGGCCUGCCACUGGUCUCCGUGCUGACCUCCGAGAAGAGCCCCGGCAAGCCGCACUCCAGGCACCCCAGGGCCCGGCCCAAGCCCGACCGGGAGGAGGGGCUGGCGGGUCUACCCGGGGCGGUGCUCAACCUCUCCGCGGGGGCUGCGGCCCUGGCCAAGCCCGACGCGCUGGCCCCGGGCUGGGUGGUCAUCCCCCCGGGGUCUGUGGUGCUGAAGCCGGCCGUCGUGAACUGAACCACAUUCCCGAGGGAGGGAGGGAGGAGGAGGAGAAGGGGGUCGGGUGGGGUACUGGGGCGGUGCAGGGCAGAGGGGGCCCCCGUUUCGGGCUCGGAUUGAAAACGCGUUUUUUUCCCGAAAGGAGGCGAGCGGCUGGGGUGGGCCCCGACGGGGUGUCAGUCAUCCAUCCCACUGCCUGUCCGCCCUUGUCUGAAGCUCUCGACGGGGUCUGGAGUUGCAGGAACAAAUUUCGUAGAACUCCGGAUUCGAAUAAUUUGCUAUCCAGCAGAACACUCCUUUCACCCAAACGUACCAGAAAACCUCAAGAAGGAAAGAAAAUAUUUUCACCUCCAAAAAUCUUUGGUCUCCUUUCAGAAAUACCCCUUUCCUUCGAAGCGGAGGCCCUUCUCAGUUCAGCACUUCCUCACCAGACCCAUUCCCUCUGUUUCCGUAUUGUGUAGUUCUAAGAACCCUCUCAUGUAUUUAUGUACUUUAACGACAGCCUUGAGCUCGAUGCCCUUGACCAGAUUCUUAAUGAUGUUAACGUGCUGCUUGGAUUUACGUCCUCUGCUGCUGUCUGAUAGUGUUCCAAACCAAAGCCGCGUAGUUUUAUUUUAGGUCUUCAAAAAGAUGCUUCAGGUUUCUUUGAUAAGCCAUUUGUACUAAAUACUGUGAACUGUUCUGGAAGUCCUUCAAUUUUAAAAACGAAUUUCUUGAUCUGUAUUGCUGGAAUUCUAUGGGAAAACGCAUCAUCAGAAGCACUUUUUGCUCCACCCUGGCAGAGUGGGGACAGAAGAAGGUGCUAACUGAAUGACAAAACUGCCUGCGCAGCCCUUGUUCCAGGCAGCAGAUUUGCACCUGUGAGCGCCCUCUGCACACAGAGCCCCAUAAUUCUGGUCGGGUAGCACAGAGCAGCAUUAUGGGAAUUGCCCAAAACAGCCGUGAAAUCAGCCAUGCUGGUUUGCAACUUUGGAUUUGAACUUAGUAGUUUUUGACCUGCUUGUGCAGAGCUCUUUGGAGUCCGUGGAGCUUACUGUUGCAGAUGUGUCCCUUAGCAGGCCUGUCCCAUGGGUCUGCACGCACAAUAACAAGUGAGGUCCAGCAGGCUUUAUUGUAAGAUCUUUUAUGACACCCAGAAACAGCAACAAGUCUGUACUAAAGGAAAACCCCAGCUGACUACUUGCAUUAUGCAGAGCCUUUAUUAACAAACUUAAAGCUUAAUUGCACCCAAUUAAGGGUAAAACCCUUUACCAUUUAAUUGAAAUUUGCACAAUUAAUCCCCUGCUGUGGAUAUUUAAAAAGAUUCGAGGCUGUGUAGUGGUCUCUGGUGGUAGGUCAGUUGCAGUUGCAGCCCUUUCGCUGGCCUUGAAGAGCACACUUGAAGAGCAGCUGUCUCGCCCUGUUCCUGUCUGUUAUAACCUAGAGCUCUUGCCCUUCACCCUCACAAGUCAAUGCAAGGUCAAACUAGAUUCCUCUUAUUCUGACUGUUGUUAUAUAUUUGCAGCAUCAUUGCAGUCUUUUUUUAGUUAUGCCAUAUAAUUGCACCACAAGACUGAGUGCUUCUUAAAAUGCUUCUGAAUUAUGCAGUGCAGCCUAUCAUCUAUAUAAUGGUCUAUAAAGACCUUUACUUAGACUUGACACAAAGGCUAAUAAUACUGUCUUAAUAUAAAGUAAAAAAUAGAUACAGUAACAGCUUUUGCCCUUAUUCCUAUACUUCUAGUGUUACUUUCAUAAUGACUGGUUACAAGGCAUUUGACCCUGAACUCGAUUCAGUUCAAUUCAAGAUGCUUUAUUGGCAUGACCGAUGGGAACUCUCUUACCGUGAUGUAAUCGGAAUCCAUGUUUCAAGCAAUUUGUCCUGAAUUACUUUUCAAAAAAAUAAUUUAAAAUGAAAUCAAGUACAUGAAAAACAAUAUUUCUCAUUCAGCACCAUUAAUGCAGUUAGUGGGGCUAAAAGCUGAGGGGACUUGUGAGGUCAAAGGUUAAUUGCGUUAUGAGACAGCAGUCAGGCUUGUGACUGGAAGGUUGUGGGUUCGAACAGCCAAUGGAGUGCUGCUGCUGUACCCUUGAGCAAGGCACUUCACUUGGAAGGCUGCAGUUCAUCACCAAGCCGGGCUAAAUAUUAGCCAAAUACAUUAAUAAUAGGAACUAAUAAACCUUUUUCAUUUCCCAAUAAAUUUGAGCGUUUAGGGGUCCCAAAAACCUUUAUUCACUUAAAAUUGUCAAGUGUUUUAGGAAGUGAAAGUGACUAAAAUGUCCAGUUCAGCAAAUUGUCAGUAUCGUGGUGAAGUGACAAGAGUGCUCUUCUGAUUCGGGAUCCCUCCAGUCUUAAAUGUGUUCAAGCACAGGGGCUGUUGUGCUAAAGAAAUGUGUGUUAGUGAGGUUUUACCAAUAAUGGUGUAAAUGCAAAGUCGUGGUUUUACAGAUAAUGCGGUUUCUCCACCCUGGCCUCUAGGGUUUUGUGGUUUUCACCCUAGCUCGAUAUUAUUAUUAUUAACUAUAUAAGCACCUAGAACAAAUGUUCAUUUAAACCAUUUCCAUCACAUUUGAGUGCUCAACUUGGUGGGAACAGAAGGCAAGAUGCUGUCUGCUGGAUUGCGCCACUGAGCCUCAGUCAUAAAGGGGGAAUGCUGGUCAGACUGACCAGGCGCUGUUGGGAAACAGGUAGGAUUUGGCUAAGGGUAUCGAGCUGAAAAGGUUAAAACAGACAAGUGUGGACAAGACCAUGCAAUGGCAUUCCUGAUUUGCAGAUCUGUACAGGGCUGGAUCGGAGCCCCCUGGUGGUCGCUUCUAGUAGGACGUGCAAAGAAAUGUUACUUUUCAAAACCAGUGUGUCUCGGUGUUUUCAGACUGUUGUUACAGAAACCAUACAACUUGAAACCUCUAAAAGCUCGGAAAAGAUUGCAUCGACAAGAUGAUGUGCGUCAGCCACUGCGGUCCAGUUCUAAAGGAUAUAAAAAUCAUCCCUGUUCAAAGUCUUUUCGGAAACAGGGUGAAUGAUGUUAAAUUGUGUAAAGGUGGGCCAGCAGAUAGCUUAGGAGCUGCCGCACCUUGAACAUUAAGAUUUGAUUACGGCAACGCAUGAGCAACACUCUUCAUUGAAAACGAUCCCAGAAAGUGCAAGAGGUGCUUUUCCAUCAGGGCUCGCAGUGCUGAACGGACCCUGUCAGUGGAUCGUUUUUCAGGGCUGGGUGUCAUGAACAAGCAUCCUGUCCGCCUGAAGGGACCUAUAAAAAAAAAUAGAUCACUGGCAAUUAACGCGCACGUCUUGGGAUACUGGGCUGAGUUCGGCCUCAGUAGUUAUUGUCCACCAGGCUCUCCAUCCAGCCCUUUCUUUCCUCUAGGCCUCUGGUGGCCGAUCUUGAGCCAGCAGGGCCAGGGUCCUGCAGGAUCCCCGAGGAUCUUGGUAUGCGCUGUUCUAGGGCUAGAGACCUAGAAGAGAUGGGGAAAUCUCGGCUGAUCCUCCAGGACCCAGGCUGGCCAUCGCUUUUUUUUUUGUAAUCCAACCUCCCUCCCCUCCAACUCGCCCCAUCUCCCUUCCUCCUCUCCAGUAAUGACCAGGGAGAUCACCGUCUCCCACCGGCCAGCCCCCCAGGGCGUUCGGCACCUCUGAACUGCUAGAACUUAAGGUGCUUGUUGAGGAAUCUGUUCAGCAUCUUCCUGUGGGUGGCGGCCUGCAGAGGCUCUGAGAUGGGGUUAGAGAGGGUGAGAGAGAUCAACACAGGGAGCAUUCCCUAAGAACACACAGAGACCUGCCUCUUUGCUUCUUGUCAUGAUAGUUCUCUUAUUUGUUAUUUUGUUCCUAGACGAGACAUUUCUUCAUGUUGAAGUUGCUUUUGCUUGUUCCACUAUCACUGCUUAACUUGGCUUCUCUGGUAGAGACGGUGCUUCCGGCUCCAGUGUUUGGCAGGCUGCUGCAGGGGUUACAGUGGCAAGUCACGUGAAUGGAUGUGUUCAGGGCCGUGAGAUCACACUUGUCCGAUACCUGUCUUGUAAAUUUGUAGAAUGAAUUGCCAGCCCCAUGUGGAAGAUGGUCAACUGACUGGCCCAUUUGCAUGGACCCCACCCAGAAACUGUCCAUCUCUUGUGAUGCAGUGUUCAGUUACGUCUGGGUUACACAGCAGUCAUCCAAGACUGGACUUGGAGUGUCCUGCCUAAGGGUUUCCUGUAUGGAUGAGGCUUUAGUUUGUCGGUGAUGCUGAGCAGUUCAAGCCUCAAAAGUGUUUAAGGAGACAUGAAGAAGGAUGGUUUUGGAAAUAAGUACCUGCUGCUGCACAGAUCCCAGGACAGCCCGAUACUGUUGAGCAGGAUGUUGAACAGCAGAGCAGUCCUUUGCUGUAGUAUAACAGGGCCAUUGGCUUAUACUGUCUUGAUUCUGGAAGGACAAGUGUAUCAGCCAAAUAUCUCAGACAGGUACAUAAAAACUGUCUAGAUUUUCUACAGUCUUUUCCUGUUCUGUAGGCUCCAGUACAGCAGUGCCCAUCUGGAUGAAUGUUAAUUUAAAACCUGUUAGCUGCUAGCUUGUAGCUGCAGUGAUCGGAAGGAGAUCCUGCCCACACGCUGUUUUAAGUGUGAAGUGUGCAAUGAUCUCGAUGCCAGUGGCGGAAUCGAUCACAGCCCGCGUAGAUGAGUAAAUUGAGCCUUGGAUCAUCUCUAGAUAUCCAAACUGUGCAUUUGGCUUCGGUCCUGACAGACAGGGUUUGAGUCAUACAGCCUGCCUCAACUGCACAGCUGAGGGUGAUGAUAUCCUUCCCUGUGGCUCAGGAGAAGAUGCCAUGUAUGUAAAAUGUCUGUAAAAAUAAAUAAUGAAUGGGAGAGCAUUGAAAGCAUUGUCCACAGGUGGAGCAGCAGACCAGGUGAAGCUCUGAAAGCUUGCCCUUUCAGGAACUGCUGGCAACAGAACAACUUUAUUUAAUCUGGAGAAACAGCGGCAGGGACAUUUAUCUGGCACUUAAACACAAGCAGGGUCAGUUGGCUCAGUACAAAUAAAGUCACCCUUCCUGUGUGAUUUUAGGUGAAAAGACCUGAAUAUUCUCAGAUGGGGCUUUUUGGGACUGUUCUGCAGCAGUCAAAAGAAAUUCAAAGAAUAAUUCGAAACACUUCCAGCAAAACAGUUCUGUUCGAGCGCCACAGUGACGGUGGGCAGGCUGUCAGGUGGAGGUCAAAAAGAAACGCGUUCCUUUUUACUGUAACAAAGAUCCUAUAUACUAGGAUAAGCUGUCCAGGAUUACAGUUUACUACAACACAGCUCAGAAAUAGGCAACAAACAAAACUCCCCGAAACGAACUGAAGGAUUUUAAUCAUAAUAGGAGGAUAAAUUCUCCACAUGGACAAAAGUUUGUACUGCAGACUCUAUUUGCUAGUAAUAAUAAGGUGUUUUAUCUGAUUUAAGGUGCAGCCAUGGAUGUAUAUAAGACUUUAUCACCGUAAGCAGAACCAUGACCGCUGCUGUAUAUCCUAAUGAGCAGCAGAACUGGGAGGUGGCAUGGACUUAGCGGUUAAACUUAUGGAUGGUGACCCCCCCCCUCCCCCAUUUCUGCCCCUGCCCACCCACCUGUAUCUUCCAGUAGGACUGAGGACCGCCCAGGGCUAGCUUCUCCUGCCGCUUGGUGCAGGUGGGUGCUCCAGUCAAACAGGCGAUCAAGUCCUUUUAAAGUCAGGAGGGUGAAAGGUGACACCUGUAACCCACUCCUGGCCUAGUGAAGCAAAGAGGCUAUCCCAGGCUGCCGAGGAGAAGACCUCGGCCUGCCCCGCUAGACAGAGAGGGCGCUUGGCAACCUGUCUCUGUCUACGCGCCCACUAGGAGGCGCUGUCGGGGGGAGGGGGGGUCUCUACUGGAGAAAGCCAAGACUGACACAGACCCUCCAGGGGUCCACACAACUUUAAAAUGUUAAUAAGCUGUUUUGACGUAUUAACCCUUUGAGCACUUUAAAGGCGUGCGGGUCACAUCCCGCCCUGGAAUAAUUCAAUUCCCCACCACCACCCCCCAAGCCCUAGAUUGCAGAAGAAGAGAGACAGAGGUGCCUCUCAACUUUAACUUGCAAACGAGGAAUCGUUUGAUCCCUGUUUCAUCAGAUAAAGGCCUAAGGUACUGUAGCUUCAUUGUACUGGCUGAUGUGAAGAGACACUUAAAAGAUGUGGCACAAAUCAGAAUUCUCAGAAACCUGCACUGCAGUAUUCAAAAACCUUGCAAGGCAGAAACCUCCAACCAUUAUCUCCACUGUCACAUUUACAUCUAAGCUGGCAACUUGAUUUCUCUGGUGAACUUUCUAACUGUGUUUAAUUGUAAUUUUAAGAACCGCUAAAAUGGUUCUCUAUGGUUCACCCUGGUAUUUUCUUCCACACAGAGUAAAACAGCACAGCCAAGGUCUCACUUUAAGUGACUGCCAAGCAGCUGUCUUAUCUCAGCAAAGCCUUUGAUCCAAAGCGAAGAGAUGGGGUGGGAUCGCAUGUUUUCUUUCUCCGAACACAACUUGUCUCACUGGACGAGUUUAUACUGCUCUAUAAUGCAUUUGUAGCGAUCAUUAAAAAUGUAGUACAAUAUUUAAGAAGGGACGCCAUAAUUGAAUGUGCUGUAGAGGUGCACAAAGGGUUAAUAAUAAUAGACUAAGGCCUGAGAAGGCCAGUAUCAGAGGUUUUUUUGUUUUUGCACAUUGAGAUAUUUUAAUAUCAGUAUUUUUAAUGGUUCUAAGUGCCUUCUAUUAUAGUUGAAAUGUAGAGGAUAUACAGUAUAUUAAAUAUAAAUAUAUAUUUUUUCUCCGGCUCCAAUAUUGAAGCCGCACGUACAGAGUUGUAAAAGUCUUAAAUUGGUACAAGUUAGCAGUGUGCUCCUGUUUUAGAGGAAGUUUAUUAUGUCGACGAGAAAACAAAACAAUUUAAUAAA